CCAAACCCUGUCUGUGUGAUGUGGGGGGCGUUUGUUGAAACACAAGUGAACAUAGUCUUUAAUUAACCGUCCAAGAUGAAGGUUCUGUAUAUUUUACUAAUUUUAGUUUCUACAUUAAUAACUGACCAAGCCUAUGGCGAAAAAUGUGUCGAUUCCGAAAGCAAAUCGGCUGCUACAAGACUUUUGAACGAUUUAUUUUGCUCUUACGACAAAAACAUUAGACCCGUAUUAAACCAAAAAACACAAACUGUCGUUAACACUACUAUGUACUUUUUUGGUGUUCACAUGGACGAAGAGUGGAAUGUGUUAAAAUUGAGUAUUCAUCUCGUUAUGAUUUGGAAAGAUGAAUUUCUAACUUGGGAUCCAACUAAAUACGAAAACGUUGAAACUACGCAGCAACUGUCUUCCUCCGUUUGGCUACCAGAUAUUAUGUCAUACGAUACUGGUUUCGAUGGCGAUGAUAGUGAUCUAUUGUACUUUCUACCUACGAGCAGUGUAAAAAUUACAUACAAAGGCAUAGUGAAGUAUAAUCACCGUGUAACUUUCACUGCUCAAUGUUCAACAAAUAUAGCUCAUUGGCCUUUUGAUACACAUAAUUGCACUGUUAUAAUGGGAUCUCCUAUCUACACUAACUUGUAUGUAAACUAUUCGUUUCCAACUGGAUACUAUAAUCUAGAGUAUUAUACGGCUGAAAAAGAAUGGGAAAUGAAAAGUGUACAUCAGGAAUGUUAUCCGCUACAUUAUAUAAGCUUAAAUAAUUCAUAUGAACAUUGUCUUCUGCAGUAUGAAUUAACUAUAAAACGUUUUUCUUCAAUGUAUUUUUCAUCUGUUAUUAUUCCAGCUGCUGUUUUAUCAUUGAUGAGUACAUUUACAUUUUUAUUGGGUCGCGAAAUCAUGAUACGGAUAAUUUUACUUGCCUUAUUUUUUAUUUCUGAAUUAUUUUACAUACAGUUCUUAAAUACAAAAAUACCAAACAAUGGAUCGCAUCCAGUAUAUAUUGUUUUGUUGUACAGGAAUUGCUUAAUUCAAACUGCUAUAUCAUUAUUUAUCAGUGUUUUAAGUAAUGAGCUUUACAAGAGAGGCACAGACGAUUUUCCUCCUGAAAGUCCUGAAUGGCUUAAAUCUACAUCAGCAUUUUUAUUAAGUAGAAAGCCUAUUUCUAUGCUCACUAAUUUUGAUAAUCAGGGAGCUGAAUUAUUGGUAGAGAAAAUUAUUGAUGAAGAUUCUCCUAAUCGAUUGAGAGAUGAGAAUGCAAAGUUUUGGAAAACAUUGUCGAUCUUAGUAGAUCGCUUAUCUUUUAUAAUUACUUUAAUAUUAAUAUUUAUCAACUUUAUGUUUUUAAUACCGUAAUAUUAAAAUAAUAAAAUAAAAUACCUCAAAUUUAAUUUUUAUAGUUUUUUUUUUUAAAUGCAUAAUAUUAUUUAGUGUAAGAAUUUUUAAAGUUAAAUUAUUAUAUUAUUAUUUGUAAAUCCAGUUUUACUGUUAAGCAUUGAACUGUAAGAUUUGUUGACUUUUAUUAAUGUACUUAUGUAAUAUUAUAAAUAGAGUUUGACAAUACUUAUGAAAAUAGUUUUUAAAUUUAUUAUAGUAUAACAAUGUAUUAACACUUAUUUAGUGAUA